UUUUAUAAGUGCAACACAACACAGGCUAAAGUACUUGUUCUGGGGAUUGUCGUAAAAUUUGGAAGUCUGAGGAAUAAAAUAAAAUAAAAUAUGCUAUCACGACUAGCUUUACGUUCACUCUUGGCUCGUCCACCAGCGUGCACAGCUCUGGUGGCUCGUGGCGCAGCUUCAGAUGUGACCAGCACCGACCAGAACCUCCCCAGGCCUGUCAGAGGAGAGCCCGGCAAAGUCCGCCUGGGCUUUGUUCCAGAAGAAUGGUUCCAGUUCUUCCACUCAAAGACUGGUGUGACCGGUCCCUACACAUUCGGUGUGGGUCUCAUUACAUACCUCUGCAGCAAGGAGAUCUAUGUGAUGGAACACGAGUACUACACUGGUCUCUCCAUUUUCGUGAUGGUCUACUAUGCCACUACACGCUUCGGACCCAAACUCGGUGCAUGGUUGGACAAGGAAGUUGAUGCCUACGAGAAGGAGUGGAACCAGGGUCGCGUGGACACCAUCAAGGGUCUAGAAGACGCCAUCGCAGGGGAGAAGAAGGCUCAGUGGAGUGCUGAAGGCCAGGAGCUGCUGAUGGAAGCCAAGAAGGAGAAUGUUCUGCUUCAGCUCGAGGCGGUGUACAGGGAGCGCAUGAUGAAUGCUUACCUUGAGGUCAAGAAACGCCUAGACUACCAGCUGGAGAAGUCUGCCCUGGAGAGACGCAUCGCCCAGAAGAACAUGGUUGACUGGAUAGUGUCCAACGUCACCAAGGCCAUCACCCCGGAUCAGGAGAAGCAGACCCUGGACCGCUGCAUUGCUGACCUCGCCUCGCUCGCCGCUAGGAAGUGAACUGUCUCGUUAAAUUAUAUGUAAAUUAAAAUCGUGAUAUAGUUA